GCCCCCGGGAGCAGCCCCCGUGCUGGAUGACAGCUAUCCGGCGCCGAAACACCGACAGACACUCAAACGGACGAGCCAUGGCGGCCACGGGUGGAGGGAAAAUUAGAAGCAGAAGAUAUCAUAUUGCCUCUAAACCUUACGCCAAAAGUAAACAGCAGCAGCCAGGCCUGAUCAGUCGAGUGACAGACACAGUAAAGAGCAUCGUCCCCUCCUGGCUGCAGAAAUACUUCAAGAAUGGGGAAGUUGCUGAAGGGGGAGAGGUUGUGCAGGGGAUUGAGCAGAACAGUCAGCCUCCUCCCCCUAAUGGGAGUGAGGAGGGACCUCCUCCCCUUGAUGGACGGGAUUCCCCGGAGCCCAGCACCAGUAACACAGAGCCCUCGACUAGCAGGGCCUCCCUGAACUUCCAGGAGCACGUGCUGUCUCGGCCUCCUCUGAACCGCUCCCACCUCCACUUUCCCCCACUGGAUGCUUCAUCUCUGAUCUUGGGGCCCUCUAGCAGCCUCUUCUCCCAACCCUCCACCUCCUCAGCCCCUGGGCCAUUUUCCACAGGCUUCUCCUUGGUCAAGGAGAUUAAGGACAACCUCUCACAGCACGAAGACGACAAUAUCUCCACCACAAGCGGCUUCUCGUCUCGCGCCUCUGACAAAGAUGUGCCUACAUCCAAAACAGCAUCGAUUCCCCAGCUGUGGUCACCAGAAACAGACAGGACCAAUUCUGGACCCCAGCCUACUCAGUCCAGUCUGAAAAAGCCUGCUUUCAAUCUGUCUGUUUUUGGAACCUCCUCCAAUGCGACAUUGAACAGCACAGUACUGAACUCCAGCCAGCUUGGGGAUUCACCCUUCUAUCCUGGGAAGACCACCUACGGCGGAGCAGCCGCAGUCAGGAGCUCUCGCUCUCGUCCCGGCACACCUUACCAGGCCCCAGUGAGGAGGCAGAUCAAGGCAAAGCCAGCGGGUGCCCAGCCCUGCGGUGUGACCAGCGCCACAGCCAGACGCAUCCUGCAGUCCCUGGAGCGCAUGUCAAGCCCUCUGGCUGAUGCCAAGAGAAUCCCAUCUGAGGCAUCCUCCCCCCUGUCAACAUCAAUGGAUGGCACAAAUCUAGAUCUUUCAGUGUUUCAGUCCAAAAAGAAACGACUGGAUUCAACCCUCCCCCCGGUGCAGAAACUGGUGAUCCCUGCAGCAGCUUCAGUGUCAGGAAACCGCUCCGUGUCCUUCAGGGCCUCUCUGACCUAUGGGGGAGGGGGCCGAACACUGGACAGGACCCCGAGAGACACGCCCACAAGACAAUCACCACAGAUACCUGAAGCAACCCCAGGCCCCUCUCAAAGCACAAUUGGCUCUAGUAGCCCAGCAUUCCCUCUGUCCAGCACACCUGCAGCCAGCAGCUUGAGCUCCAGAGGGGGCAAGAUGAAGAGAGAGAGGGCCAGCGGGCGGCCUUCCUCCAAACGCCCUGAGGAUGAUGAGGUGGUUGAGGUGCCAGACCUGCCAGCCAUCUCACUCCCCAUCAGCACCUUCAGCCUGCCAACCUUCAGCUUUUCCUCACCGCCCACCACCUCCAUCACCGUUAACCCAGCCCCGAGCAAGAAGCCAGUGACCCCUGCCACCACAGAAAAGGAGCCUCCCACGGCCUCUACACCCCCCUGUGUACCUUUUACAUUUUCCUCCCCUAUUGUCAAAGCAACUGCUGCUAGCCCACCUUCAUUUUCCCCCUCUGCUGGAUUUACUUUUAGUGCACCUGUAGCAAAAAUGGGUCCCUCUUUGUCAAAUGGAAAACUGGCUACUCCCAUAGUGUCAGCAGUGAAGUCAACUAUAAGCAAUAGCACAGAAGAUUUUGAAGGACCUUUUAAACCAGCUAAGUCCCUGAAACAAGGCAGUGUGUUGGACCUUCUCAAAGCACCAGGAUUUGCAAAUCCUGUUGCCCAGAGUUCCCCAGACCCUGAUACGACUUCUCAACAGACCUCCACAGAAAACACGGCCACUUCCUCCACCUCUACCACCACCGCCACCUCCUCUUCCUCCUCCUCCUCCCUCACUUCCUCUUCAACAGGAUUUGCCGACUUGUUCAAACCCCCGACUGGCUCAUGGGAUUGUGAUGUGUGUUUGGUGCAGAACAAACCGUCAGAUUCCAAGUGCGUUGCCUGCAUGUCCCCAAAACCUAGUUCCUCCUCAUCCAAAUUCUCGGACACUAAUUCAACAUCCGCCGCCUCAGUCGGACUAGAGAACAGCAGCAGUACCACCACCACAACCACAGCAGGUUUUGGCUCACUGUUUGCCAAACCUGCAGGGACAUGGGAGUGUGAUACGUGUCUUGUCCAGAACAAACCCGACACAGUGAAGUGUGUGGCCUGCGAGACGGCCAAGCCUGGGACUGGAGUUAAACCCUCAAUGACUCUUCCUUCUGCCUUUUCAGCUGUUAAGACUGUAUCUACCCCCUCAGACCCAGUUUCUACAGGGUUUGUUGGAUUUGGGGACAAGUUCAAGAAGCCAGAGGGUGCAUGGGAAUGUGACACAUGUAUGGUGCAGAACAAGGCACAGGACACAAAGUGUGUGGCCUGCAUGAGCGCUAAACCAGGAGCAUCAACAGGAGGGUCCUCAACAUCAUCAUCCUCAGCGCCAGCUAGCAGUGCACCGCUGUUGGGGUUCGGAGACAAGUUUAAGAAGCCAGAAGGUGCCUGGGAUUGCGACGUGUGCUGUGUAGAGAAUAAGGCUGCUAGUGCACAGUGUGUUGCCUGUCAGUCACCCAAACCUGGGGCUAAAGUGGAGUCCAAAGCUUUUGGAUCAUCCACUUUUGGCACGUCUGGCUCUUCUGCAUUUGGCAGCUCUACCUCUGGUUCAGGAGGUUUCAAGUUUGGCUCAUCAUCAGAUUCUACCUCUGGAUCUGGAGGGUUCAAGUUCGGGGCUUCAGUUUCAGAGUCUUCAUCAUCAUCAUCAUCAGCUGGAUUCAAAUUCGGAGCCGCAUUUGGAAGCUCUUCAUCAGAAACCACUCCUAAAGACACUACUGGCCCGUCAGGGUUUAAAUUUGGCGGCUCCACUGAGGGCUUUAAAUUUGGGUCUUCCUCCACCCCAGCAACAGCCAGUGAUGACAAAAAGACAGACCAACCUGCUGCAAGCUCUGGAUUUCAGUUUGGAACCAGUGGUGGGAUUGUGUUUGGAGCUGGAAGCUCUAGCACAGAGAGUAAGGCCUCCAAGCCCACCUUCUCCUUUGGACUGUCAAAACCUGAUGAGAAAGCAACAACCACCACCAACACUUUGUCCUCUGUGACUUUCACUGCCCCUUCUUCCUCUCAAGAAAAGAGUGACAGUGCAUCGUCAUCAGCUGAAACCACGUCAACAAGCUCCACCACUACCACCACCAGCGGUUCUGUAUUUGGAAGGCUGGGAGAGCCCAGCUUGACCACUACGACACCAUUAGGGGGCUCUGCUUUUGGAUCCUUAACAGCGGACAAGGAGCCUGCUAGUUCUACAUUUACCUUCGGGAAGCCAGAAGAAAAGAAGGAGGCAGCCUCCUCUGCACCCUCUUCCUUCCUGUUUGGUGCUGCUAGGAAGGAGUCUGAGACCACACAGGCACCCGCCACUUUAGGAGUCUUCUCAUUCAGCAAGCCUGAUGCUCCCAAAGAUCAGCCCACACCCACAUUCACCUUUGGCAAUCCAGCAGACAAGACCGAAAACUCUGCUCCAGAGGCCCCUAAACCCUCGUUCACCUUUGGGCAAAGUGCCCCAGAUUCAGCUGCUCCACCAAAACCAGCUUUUUCCUUCAUGGUUAGCAAUGCCACCACCGCCACCUCCUCAUCCUCCUCCACCACCCCUGCCCCCAGUCUGUUUGGAUCCACCACCAGCUCCACCCAGGCCCCUGCAGCCCCUGCAGCCCCCAACACCUUCAUCUUUGGUCAGGCGACCUCGUCCUCCAGUGAUGCUCCUCCAGCCAAGGCCUUUGUCUUUGGGCAGAACCAGGACAGCCAGCCGCCUGCCCCGUUAGCCACCUCCCUGAACUCCACUCCGGCCCCAGCUCCAGCGCAGCCCUUCCUCUUCGGGGCUGCUGCCAACGCUGCUCCUGCUGCUGCUCCUCCUGCUGCUCCUCCCUUCACUUUUGGAGCAGCAGCGCCCUCUGCUGCCUCAUCCUCGGCUCCAUCUGCAGCACCCUCCCCAUUUGUCUUCAGCUCCGCCCCCUCUGGUGGGUUUGGGGCUAACCAGACUCCCUCCUUUGGCUCAGCCUUUGGAUCCCCAGCCCCAUCCCCUUUCACAGGCACAGCAUCACAGACCCCGGCCUUCGGGGCCAAACCCAACACCACUCCUGUCUUUGGACAGCAGGCCAACUCCACACCUGUGUUUGGGGGAGCCGCUAACUCCGCACCAGGUGGAGGCUUUCAGUUUGGAGCGGCCAAUGCAUUCGGUGCCUCAACCAACAACACGGGUGUGUUUGCUUUUGGAGCAGGCUCAGGAGCAUCUCCUGCCCCCUCUGCCACUCCCUCCAUCACAGCUCAACCUGGAGGGGCAUUCAACUUCACACAGCCUCCCACAUUUAAUAUUGGGUCGACUAAAUCCUCCUUCACACCCUCUGCUGGACCACAAACGAUUGCAGGGCGCAAGAUCAAGACAGCAGUGCGACGCAGAAAGUAGAGCCCUUUGGACUUGACCGGAAACCAGACUCGACUUUGACUUGACUCUAAAUCCCCCCUGAAGACUGAAUGAAACCCUCCGGGGCCUCGACUGGACAAACACUGAAGUUAGCAUGUGAAGAAGGGCCUAGGCUGGGACGGCUUUAUCCUGGGGCUGAGUAGAUGGGCGGAUUUUAACUGCGGGCUGCCUUGGUGGUAGGGGAGAGUUUCACGUGUAGAUCAGAACGGUCCAUAUGUGAGACCCUCCCACAGGGACAUGUUAUAAAAAAAAUAAAAACUGUUUACCUGCAACAACGACAUAGACAAAAAAAAAAAGACAAAAAAAAAACAAUCAAGCAAGGAACCUCUGCGCACCAUGAAAAC